AUGGAGAUGCUCGGGCGCCCUCAAACGCAGCAACCUGACGCUCCGUGCCAGAACACAAGACAGCACAACAGCCCAACGAUGAUUAUCAACGACGACGACGACAACGAGAUGAGAUUUCAGGAUGUGUCUGCAGUGCGAAAACGGCGAGGGAGACCUCCUGGCUCAAAGAAUAAAAGUUCCAGGUUUGCACAACCCGCGAGCCGUCGACCACAAACUAGAACUUCGACACAAUCUCAUGAACUGGACGACCACCGGGUUACCGACAUUGCUGAUUUGAUGGAUGAUGAUUAUGUCCCUCGUUCUCAGGACACGCCAACCGGUAAUGUUCUCGACAUUUCGCAACUAAGCCCCCAGGAAGCAGAACAGUACGGUGCAUGGAUACCAAGCGACAGGUUCGAAAGACAGGCUUGCCCUGAACUGAGUCGGGCAUACCGCAAGGGAGUCUGCUUGUAUACACAGCUGAACGAGACAAUGGGUCCUUUCACCAAGAACAAAGCUGAGUCGAAGGGCUGUUCUACCACAUCGCACCCUGGCUACCCGACAGAGGCAACGGAUCCAAUCCAAGAACAGGCGUUGAGUGCUGCUUGGGACAGCAGUUUGAUCAGGGCGGCGAUUGAGCGUUCAUCAACUCAUGCUAGCGAGCUAUCUGCGGUAUGGAAGGUGUCAUUUCAUCGCUUUGGUCUGGAUCCUCUGUCGCUAUUGUCAAUGUAUCACGACAUCGAGUUCGAAAACGAAAACAAUGAGAGCUUUUUGCACCAAGGCGAAAUGAAACGAAACCCUCUGUGGACACACAACUUUUGCGAAAAGUUCAAGCGGAUUAUGGCACACCCAAUGUUCAGCAGCACCAACACCCAUUGCUUUAUUCCCAUCGCAAUCAAAUGGGCAAUCAUGUGCCGCACACACGACCAGCGUGGGUUCUCAGAAGAAGAACAGCGCAUCCUCAACCACGUACAGUGUGGUGGUUUGGGCCACCCAACCGAUGCCCAGCCGAUAUCAAUGCGAUUCUACGAGCAUCAGACACAGCUGAAGCGCGAUGGUCUCUUUAUGACACCGCAUGCAGAGCUUCUGUUGCGUAUCAUCGAUCACACCGGCACACCCGAAAGAUUCAUUCCCAGCGGCAUCGUGCAGGUCAGAACCCGGGAUCUGGGUGUUGUGAUCAAUGCACUGGACAGCCUGAGUAGUCAUGGCAUGAACGUGACAUGCGAGACACACUUUCAAGUCUAUUGUGCCAGCCGAACAUCACGAGGGUAUCCAUCUGGGGUUCAGGAGCUGCUUGAGGCCUACAAGCGGUCCUGGAUGAGCCUGCAGAAGCGCAUGUUACGUGAGGCUGAGCAAAACACUCGACAGAGCGAGCCAAUCAAUGCAGUGCUGGGACAACAUCUGCGUACUUCUCAAGCCAGGAACGACAUCUCGUCAGACAAUAAUGGUCACGUUGUUCAAGGCAUGCUUGGUGGUCAUGACAACUCAAACACAGGACUCGGCAGCGGAGAGACACCCGAUGAAGCGAAUCGGCCUAGUCUGGAUUAUCGUCACAGUCCUCACUCGGAUCAGUCUCGAUAUUCAUCACGAAACCGCCUGGCAUCUGAAGAAGGUCAAGCUUCACAGCCAGAGAUCAUCGAGAUUGGUUCGUCUGAGGAUGAGUACGAUGCACCGGGUUGUAUGGACCAUGAAGCAGAACAUCCGAGUAGAGACUUUGGUCUGGGAGGCAACGAUGGCCAAGAUCUUGCGUUUUACAACACGGACGAUAUGACUAUCGCUGGAAACGACAACCGGGAAGAUCAACGCCCGGUGGCUGCCGCCACAGGUAACUUGUCCCGAAAACGCAAGAGAAACAGGAACAGCAGUCAACGUUACAGAUGGAGAAAGAACAGAAACAACAACCGUGGUGGCCAGAAUCGACACAUGUCAUCGGGUGUAAGAACCACGGGCAAUGCACAGCGAGCUUGGAACCCUCGGGGUCAGUAUAAUGGUCCAGCCUUUGAUCCCCCGACAGCUCCUAGAGUACGGAGAGAAAACACAUCCUGGAGACGAGAUUUGUGA